CUUGAAAAAGAACCGUCGGCCGCUCACACUUAUGUGAAUUUCAUUGCGGGGCCUUCCGUUCCUUCUUUUCACUAUUUAGCUUGCCUGCAAUUCAUCACACCUCCACAUAGGGCUGUCAACAUGGCGCGCAGACCAGCUGACAUCAGCCUAUUAGGCAGGAUUUUGCGUGCCUCCCGCACAGAUCAAUGCAUCGGUGUUGCACCACAAGCCAUAGCCGCCUCCGCUUCCUAUGGCCCUGUAAAAGCAGCCCUGCAUUCGGAUGAGGGCAUGGCUUAUGAACGCUCCUGCUGCAACAAUGUCCAAUGUUCUUAUUCUACCAACUCCUCCACCAGCUGCUCCAGAACCAACCCAACCAACCGAACACAACCACAGCAACAGCAGCCACCAAGGCCGCUGCAGCCGCUGCUAUUAUCGCACCAAAGCCGACCACAUGCCUCGCCACUCCCACUCUCCACACUCCCCAAGGCCAUCGCCCAUCCUCCCCACUUCUCCUUCACUUGUGGUCUAACCACCUCCACACCGACAACAACCGGCACCAGCACCAACAGCAACAACAACGCCACGGACCACCAAGCUCCAGAACCUGCCAGCACCAGCGGCACCAGCAGCAGCGCCGAUCCAAGCACAACCCCCAGCACCAGUAACGACGAGGCUGGGAAUGGUAGCGGCGUAGACGGAGCAGCAGCGGCAUCACCAGCAGCAGCAGCAGGCGGAGGCGGAGGCGCGCUGGGCUCCAUCCAGCCGCGGGUGAUGAUGGUGUUCACGUGCGCCGUGUGCGACACGCGCUCCACCAAGAGCUUCAGCAAGCUGUCGUACACGAAGGGCGUGGUGCUGGUUCGCUGUCCGGGCUGCAAGAAGCUGCACCUGAUUGCGGACCACCUGGGCUGGUUCGGCGAGGAGCCCUUCGUGCUGCACGAGUUCAUUGAGAAGCAGGGCGGCUACGUGGUGCGUAUCAGCGCGGGGGAUGGCGACGUUGCUCCCCAGUCAGCAGCUGCAGCACCGGCAGGGGAGGCAGCGGCGGCAGCGGCUGCUUUCGGGGCCAGGCCGGGAGACCUGCAGGAGGAGGC